GCGGAGCACGGGUCCCUCCGGUAAUAGAAUAGCCGAUGAAAUUUGACACUUCAACUUACUGCGACUCUAUUCACCGACUCAGCCGCUGACGUGCAGCCCAUUCCCGGUCAGUGGCCGUGAGGGGGGAGCGAGAUUUAACCGACGCGAGAGGCGAACACUAACCGAGGACUUUCUCCGCGUGAGGAACCGGGGCAGAAGACGUGAGGCGCUGGAGUGUUUCUCCGCCUGGUGUGUGGAUGGGCGGGGGGGGACAUUCGUGGUGAAGAAUCGAGGAUUGACGCCAACAUAGAGCGCUCCAGUUUAAUGGCUGGCAGGUAGAGGCCAAAGAGGGACAAUCAUCAUGAACUCUAUACCGUCGAUGGACAGACACAUACAGCAGACAAAUGACCGUCUGCUGUGUAUCAAACAGCACUUACAAAAUCCAGCAAAUUUCCAAACAGCAGCCACCGAGCUGCUGGACUGGUGCGGCGACCCCCGAGCCUUCCAGCGACCCUUUGAGCAAAGCCUGAUGGGAUGCCUAACGGUGGUCAGCCGCGUAGCAGCGCAGCAGGGCUACGACUUGGACCUGGGCUACCGGCUCCUGGCUGUGUGCGCUGCCAACAGGGACAAGUUCACUCCAAAAUCAGCAGCUCUCCUGUCCUCGUGGUGUGAGGAACUCGGACGCCUCCUCCUCCUCCGUCACCAGAAGAACAGGCAGAACGAGCCUCCGGGAAAAGUGCCCAUGCAGCCCCCCAUGAGCUCCAUGAAGCACGGCCUCUCGCACGGAGAUGGGUCUUUUCCCUACGACUCCGUUCCCUGGCAGCAGAACACCAAUCAGCCUCCAGGGUCGCUGUCUGUGGUGACCACCGUCUGGGGCGUGACCAACACCUCGCAGAGCCAGGUGUUGGGGAAUCCCAUGGCCGGCAACAACAAUCCAAUGAACCCUGGGGGCAACCCUAUGGGCUCGGGGAUGUCUGGUAACAACCAGGGGAUGAACUCACCUCAGUUCCCUGGUCCUCAGCAGCAGUUCCCCAACAAAGGCAACUCCAACCAGGGCUACAUGCAGCAGGGCAUGUAUGGACGACCCAACUACCCGGGAGGAGGAGGCUUCAGUGGAAAUUACCCUGGAGGGCCCAAUGCUGGACCUGGUGGAAUGGGCAUGCCUCAACACUCCCGUCCUCAAUCAGACUUCACCCAGCCGGCCGCUGCAGCCGCCGCCGCUGCAGUCGCUGCAGCCGCCGCCACCGCAACAGCCACCGCAACGGCUACUGUAGCUGCCAUGCAGGAAACCCAGAACAAGGACAUGAACCAAUAUGGGCCGAUGAGUUCCUCGUUCCAGAUGGGACCAAACCAGGCGUACAACAGCCAGUUCAUGAACCAGCCAGGACCCCGUGGUCCUCCGUCCCUCCCUGGGAACAUGGGCACAGGCAUGAGUGGAUCCAACAUGAGUGGGCCCCCCAUGGGAAUGAACCAGCCCAGGGUUCAAGGCGUGGGACCUUUCGUGGCCCACGGCCAAAGGAUGCCCCAGCAAGGUUAUGCAGGACCUCGGCCUCAGACCAUGGGUAUGCAGGGCAUGAAAAGACCGUACCCAGGGGAGCCAAGCUAUGGAGGACAGCAGUAUGGACCAAACGGCCAGUUCCCUAGCCAGCAGGGGCAAUACCCCCCACCCAACGCCUCCAGGCCGCUGCCGUCCCCCAACUACCCCGGCCAAAGGAUGCCAGGGCAGCAACUUCAGGGCCAAUACCCACCACCCAGCGGUGCCAUGGGCCAGUACUAUAAGCAGGAGCCACCGUUUAAUGGCCAAACAAAUAACUUCUCUGGGAGUGGUUAUCAGUACAGCCAGGGGAAUGUGAACGGGCCGCCCAGACCGGUGGGUAACUACCCUCACUCUCCAGUGCCAGGCAACCCCACCCCUCCGAUGACCCCAGGAAGUAACAUCCCUCCGUACCUGUCGCCAAACCAGGAUGUGAAGCCCCCCUUCCCUCCUGACAUCAAACCAAAUAUCACCGCUCUCCCUCCACCCCCAGCCAACCACAAUGAGGAGCUGCGCCUUACGUUCCCUGUGCGAGAUGGUGUCGUCCUAGAGCCUUUCAGGCUAGAGCACAACCUGGCUGUCAGCAACCACGUCUUCCACUUACGGCCCUCCGUAGCCCAGACGCUCAUGUGGAGAUCCGACCUGGAGCUGCAGUUCAAGUGCUAUCAUCACGAAGACCGUCAAAUGAACACCAACUGGCCGGCGUCGGUCCAGGUCAGCGUCAACGCCACACCGCUCACCAUCGAGAGGGGCGACAAUAAGACCUCCCACAAACCCCUGCACUUGAAACACGUAUGCCAUCCGGGGAGGAACACGAUCCAGAUCACAGUCACCGCCUGCUGCUGUUCGCACUUGUUUGUGCUGCAGCUGGUCCACAGGCCCUCGGUCCGCUCUGUCCUCCAGGGCUUACUGAAGAAGAGGCUCCUGCCUGCAGAGCACUGCAUCACCAAAGUUAAGAGGAACUUCAGUAGUGUAGCAGCAUCAUCGGGCAAUGCCCCGCUCAACGGGGAGGACGGCGUCGAGCAGACGGCCAUCAAGGUUUCCCUCAAAUGUCCGAUCACCUUCCGGCGAAUACAACUUCCAGCGAGAGGCCACGACUGCAAACACGUUCAGUGUUUUGAUUUGGAAUCAUAUUUACAACUAAACUGUGAGCGGGGGACAUGGCGAUGUCCUGUAUGCAAUAAAACGGCGUUGCUAGAAGGACUUGAAGUGGACCAGUACAUGUGGGGAAUCUUGAAUGCGAUACAAAACUCGGAGUUUGAGGAGGUGACCAUUGACCCGACGUGUAGUUGGCGGCCGGUGGCGAUCAAAUCUGACAUCCACAUCAAGGAGGAUCCGGACGGACCACUGGCCAAGAGGUUCAAGAUGAUGAGUCCCAGUCAGAUGAUCAUGCCCAAUGUGAUGGAGAUGAUUGCGCAGCUCGGCCCCGGACCCUCGCCGUACCCUCAGCAGGGGGGCAACAACAGCGAAUAUGGAGGCCAAGGUAACAGUUACCACGGGAGCUUUGACUUCCCUCACGGCGCCCCCGGUGGUUCGUCGAUGAAUGACUUCAUGCACGGUCCGCAGCUGUCUCACCCGCCUGACAUGCCCAACAGCAUGAUGACCCAGGACAAGCCACUCUCCCACAACAUGCCAGACUCGUUACCUCACUCUGCCGGCAAUGACCAAUCGCAUGGUCCACUGCAGCAGAGCUUACAUUCGUCUCCACACCCUGGCAGCCAAUCAGGGCAGCACCUACACCACAGCGGUCCUCCCCUGCCCUCGCGACUAGGUCCGCCUUCUCAGCAGCAGCAGCAACACCAACACCAACAACAACAACAGCAACAACAACAGCAACAACAACAGCAGCAACAGCAGCAACAGCAGCAACAACAGCAACAGCAACAACAGCAACAACAACAACAACAGCAGCAGCAGCAGCAGCAGCCCGGCCCCAACAACCAUCCCCACCCCGACCUGACCUUCAACCCCUCCAGCAGUUUGGACAGCCAGUCUGGGUCGGACAUGCCCGAGCCAUCUUUAGACCUCCUCCCAGAACUCGCGAACCCAGACGAGCUGUUGUCGUACCUGGAUCCCCCGGAUCUGCCCAGCAAUAGCAACGACGACCUUCUGUCGCUCUUCGAGAACAACUGAGGCGAUUCAGACACACAGAAACUCUUCUGACCGUCCUGCAGUUUCCCUGGGAGCCCGGGGCCGGUCGCUCAGUACUUGAUAAACACAAAGAUGCACUCCCUUUCUCUUCUUCCUCUUGUACAGUUUUCAUUCGCCAGCGCAGAUUUGACUGAAAGAGGCUCGAGCUCAAAGACUCAGCGGGAUGCUCACCCCGCGGCGACACCUCCUGAACUGUGCAGCUCUACUCAAGUUGAUUUUUUUAACGCCACACACAGGUUGUAUGUGUGCACAUUAGAAACGUGCUGUAGCAUUUUUUUAUCCAUGUUUUGUUUCCUUUUGAGAAGAAAAACGAAUUAACUGAAAGGAAAAAACCCGGAAAAAGAACAGAAGAAAAAAAACCUGCCCUAUCUGGCCAGUGUGCGUUCUGUCCAUGUUGUUAUUCCAAUGGGAGAGGCCACAGCUUCCUGGUGUCACAGCUCCAUUCCCCCCCGACUGGUCUCCUUAGUCGCACUGGUUCGUCCGCCACACAUCAUUUAAAAGCACAAGAGAUUUUGGCAAUGCAAAAAAAGAAACACAAUUAUCAGUCUGUACAAAAAGAAGAAAAAAAGAUCAGUUGGAUCUGUGUAAAUUUGUCUGUUUUUCUAAAAAUAAACAUUUUGCUCUUCUGUCAACAUUUAAAAAAAGAUUUUAAGAACGAUCGGCUUCCACUUUGUCUACAAAUUGUAAUACAUACAUAUUUUUGUCAAAAAGAGAUAUAUCCACACUUUGAGGGUUAACAACUGGAACGGAGAAGAGUUUGGCCUCAAUGACAAGAAGAGAAUCAAAGUUUAUAUCAGCAUACACAUCCUUCUACAUGUUGUAUAGUCAUCAUCCUCCUGUGCGGGGAAGUGAUUUUUAAUGGAAAUGAAAGGUACAACGUGAGAGGUUGGGGUUCCUGUGACGAUCCUGCUGCGUCUACUGCUUCCUGUUCUAUCUCCUUCCAUGCCCUUUGCUCUGCAUGAGCCCCAGUGUUGCUCGGGUCAGCGUUUUUUGCAAAGUUGCAUCUCUUUCCCUGUUAAAUGAUGUGCUGUUUAAGUAUUCUACAAAAGUGCAUGUGUGCCAAGCCCUUGUCUAGUGCUGUUCCAAGUGGUUUUUAAAAAAAAAAGAAAAAAAGAUAGUGUGGUUUUUAUCAGUUGCUGUUUCCACAACUCUUUUGUUUGUACGUUUGUUUUUUGAUUUCUGUCAGAUUUAGUAUGAUUUAUUUAACACUAACACUGAAGGGAUAAUGCUGAUGUCAGCGAUACAUUUAUCAUGUAUUUGCCGGAUAUUCUGUAUUAUAUGUAUUUUUUUUGUUUGUUUUUUCCUUGUUUUUUGUUGCUGCAUAAUUAAAACUAUCCACAAAUCUUUUGGGAAACUGCUUCAACAUCACCAAAGUUGGAGGGAUGAGAAUGGAGACGUUUGUGUUUGCUCGGUCCUGUGCAGGUCUGCGAUGUGUGUGUGUGUCUGUAUGUGUGUGUGAGAGAGAGAGAGAGAGUGUGUGUGUGUGUGUGUGUGAUGGGAGGUAAUGUUGAUUUCAAAGAUAUAGGAGAGGACAAAUACAGUUUUAUCCAUCACUGCUGUUGAAGAAGUGUUUUUUAGAGGCAGUAUUGGCGCAGACCUUUUCGCCACGUUUGUUUUCAUUUUCACUUUCUGAGAAGAGUGCUGUCCAGUAUGCAAAUGUAUUAUUUUUUAAGAAAUGCUAUUGUACUGUAAAUAUCAUUGUGAAUAUUUUUGUAUCAUCUCGAUAAUAUUUGUCCUUUUGAUCAUUAGUCGUCCAACGUAACCACAUAGUGCUCCCCAGACUCCCACCGGACCACUGACUUUUGUUUGUAACCAGCAUACGUCAGCUGUCUCGCCUCCUCGCCGUCGGGGGGGAGGCUAGUCCAAACGUCUCAUAAGCUAUAUCCUGCGGGUCGUUGUGCUUUCUUGUCACUUUCCCUCCCACUCCCCCCCCCCCCCCCCCCGGCGUCAGCCCAGGGUCAUCGUGUCGCGUCACUUUCAGUUCUCACACCUCAACCUCUGUUUUGAAGCAAUAUUGUUCUUCCACGCUCUGAUGUGUUUUAAUUUGAAAAAAUCCUCAUGAACUUUGAUGUUGACAUCAGUGAUACGGCGCAGCAGUGGUUUCAGAGGACGUGGUGUCAUCUGGCUUUCAGUGUAAUUAGUGAGCUAUGUGAAUAUGAUAAUUGUUGCUAAUUGUCGAUACACAGUGGUAUUUUAAAGAUAUAUCACAACCAUAUUUUAAAGAAAUUCAUCAUAUUGUUUAUAUUUUUGUUAUAGAAAAAUGUGGCUUUUUAAAAAGCAUGAGACCAUAUACAUUUUUUUGGGUAAAUUAUUUUGUACUGGUUUUCAUAUUAAUCUGUAAGGCUAGAAAUCCAAUUUCUUUCAACUGUAGCAUCGCGCUGAUUCAACUGCCCUGGUUUUUGUCUAAACAUGGUUUUAAAUGUCAUUUUAAGAGAAUAUUGUUUGUUUGUUGAGUCGCAAGCAGACGUCAAAUCAAAAGUCUUGUAACAAUUCAUUGCUGCGUUUAAAUUUUUUUCUGAAUUGAAACUCUCCAUCCAUCCCACGGAAGCCAUGGUUUUGUCUCGAGCGAGCCAGUUCGGUGUAUUAGGCAGCAGCCCGAGUCUGUAGUUGCACAAUCACAAUAAAGGGCCAUUUUCUGGGGGACGUUGUUUCGAAAACAGAAGAAAACACAAAAAAUUACAGAGAGGAGGGAUGUUGAGGCCGAGGCUGAGUCAAACGUCCCGAGAAUGCCUGUAUAUAUGUAAAUGACUAUAGAGACAUGUGAACAGAAAUGUAUUCAUUUUCCCUGGGAAUGUGCAUUGUUUCUUCAGAAUAAUAAAAAGCUUGCAACCCCCUCUACUGGAAGUGGCUGAAUAUGAAAAACGUGCUAGCUAGUGUCUGUGGGUUAUCUCAACAUUUCGUUCCCUCUCUGUAAUAUACUUUCACCCUUUUUUUUGUUCGGGGAACCGCGACAGCUAUGUUUGUUUUUGUUUUUAUCUUUAGCCUACGUGUUCUAGUCUUAUCACCUGCGUACUCUGAGUACUAAAGCUGAAAAAAACUACGAAAAAAAACGCUGUUACAAAGACAAAACGCUCAGUGGGGGAGGAGAGGUGGUGUGUGGGGGAGGGGGGUCCAGAAGAUUGUAACCAAAUCCAUAGUUUGUACAAUUUUUUGAUAUCAUGAACAGCUGGAGAAAUGAUCCAACUGAAGGUGAUUCAUGCCACGUGGCCAUUGUCUCUGUUUGUACAUUGUAUGUACAAUCAUUUCAUAUUCUAAACUGGUCAGAAAAUAAAGGAACUAAUUGUGAUUUUUAGUCUUGCAGAACUGUAUGUAGUUAGAUGAUGUGACAACCUAAUAUUUAUCUAAUAAAUAUGUAUUCAGAUGAUA